AUGCUCAGAAGACAGGCCAGAGAGAGAAGAGAGUAUCUCUAUAGAAAAGCACAGCAGUUGCAAGAGCAGACGCUUAUAGAGAAGCGCAAACAACUCAGCCAUGCGCUGGCUACGGGGAAAAACCUGCCUAAGGAAAUCGCCGACGACGAGAAACUGCAAAAAGACUAUCUAUAUGACGAAUCGAUCCAAGAGACCGUUGAUGACGAAUACUCUGCGCUUUCCGGCCUUGUGGAGCCGAAAAUAAUAAUCACCACGUCCAGAAGCCCAUCGUCCAGACUCUCACAGUUCACAAAGGAGAUAAAGCUGCUUUUUCCCAAUGCCAUGAGACUCAACAGAGGUAACUAUAUACUCAGUGAUCUGAUUGAGACGUGCAAAAAAUCAGGAGUUACAGAUGUCAUAGUCAUUCACGAGCACAGAGGUGUGCCUACAACGCUCACGAUCACACACUUACCCCACGGGCCUUCCGUUACCUUUACUCUUCACAACGUGGUUCUUCGACACGAUAUUCUGAACGUUGGCUCGCAAUCAGAGGCGUAUCCGCACCUUGUGUUCGAAAACUUCACCUCUAAACUAGGAAAACGUGUUGUGCAAGUGCUGAAGCACCUGUUUCCUCCAGGAGUGAAGCCACAGUCGCCGAGAGUGAUCAGUUUCGUGAAUAAUGAAGAUUAUAUCAGCGUGAGACAGCACCUGUAUGUGCGGACCAAGGACGAUGUGGAGCUCAGCGAAGUGGGUCCAAGAUUUGAAAUGAGGCUGUUUGAAGUCCGGCUCGGAACUAUGGACGACAAAGACGCCGACGUCGAGUGGAUGUUGCGCCGGUUUGUGCGGACUGGUAAUAGAAAGAAUUAUCUGAGCGAUUGA